AUGCUGGCAGGAGCAGAGAGGGAUGGUGCUGGUCCUGGUGCUGGUGUUGCUGGUGAUGGUGAUGGUGGUGGUGCUGACACUGCAGGCGUGACACAAGGGCUGAAAGAUAGACUGGAACAAGAUAGACUGGAACAAGAUAGACUGGAACAUGAUAGACUGGAGCAUGGGUCCGUGCCUCAAGACACGUCUGCGACUGCAAGUGCUGAUAGUGGUGGGGGUGCUGCUGGCGAGACUUCUUUUGCCACUGCUGAUGGGCGUGGUGAUGUGGGAGGAGAGGAGGGAGCUUGCAAGCAAGAGGAGACAUCAUCACAAGACCAUCAACCAGCAUCCUCCAUGCAGCACGAACAAGUGCAACAAAAACCUUCAGAAGCAGCAUCGGAACCGUCACACCGUCGGCGUGGGAUCGGCGGUGGCGUUGGUGGGGGGAGUGGCUCUGCAGCAUCGUUCCAGGUGACUGCCUACUUCGCCAAACAGUUUGACGCGCUCCGCCGCAAGUGCUGCUCUCCCUUCCCCCCAGCCACCGCCACUGCCUCAUCCGGCCAGCAGAAGGCUGUAGCUGACACAGGAGAAGGGGCAGCAGGGUCGGCAGGGGCAGCGGGGGCGGCAGGGGCAGGGGCGGCAGGGGAAGGGGUGGUGGACGGGAGUGGCGAUGUGGAGUUUGUGCGGUCGCUGUGCCGCUGCAAGCGCUGGAGUGCCGAGGGCGGCAAGAGCUCCGUGUAUUUCGCCAAGACUGCGGACGACCGUUUUGUCAUCAAACAGGAAAUACUGGCGUUUCUGGACUUUGCCAACGACUACUUCAAGCACCUGUUUGACGCCAUCGAGUCCAGCAACCCCUCCUGCCUCGCCAAGAUCCUCGGCCUCUACCAGGUGGGGUCGGAUAAUAUCGCUCUCUGCUUUUUGCUCUCUGCUCUCCCCUUUCCCUUCCUCUCUCCUCUCUGCACUCUCCUCUCUGCACUCUCCUCUCUGCACUCUCCUCUCUGCACUCUCCUCUCUGCACUCUCCUCUCUGCACUCUCCUCUCUGCACUCUCCCUCCGCUCCCUCUAUGCACUCUCCUCUCUGCACUCUCCUCUCUGCACUCUCUCUCCACUCUGCACUCUCCUCUCUGCACUCUCCUCUCUGCACUCUCCUCUCUGCACUCUCCUCUCUGCACUCUCCUCUCUGCACUCUCCUCUCUGCACUCUCCUCUCUGCACUCUCCUCUCUGCACUCUCCUCUCUGCACUCUCCUCUCUGCACUCUCCUCUCUGCACUCUCCUCUCUGCACUCUCCUCUCUGCACUCUCCUCUCUGCACUCUCCUCUCUGCACUCUCCUCUCUGCACUCUCCUCUCUGCACUCUCCUCUCUGCACUCUCCUCUCUGCACUCUCCUCUCUGCACUCUCCUCUCUGCACUCUCCUCUCUGCACUCUCCUCUCUGCACUCUCCUCUCUGCACUCUCCUCUCUGCACUCUCCUCUCUGCACUCUCCUCUCUGCACUCUCCUCUCUGCACUCUCCUCUCUGCACUCUCCUCUCUGCACUCUCCUCUCUGCACUCUCUCUCUCUCUGCACUCUCCUCUCUCCUCUCCCCUCUCUCCUCUCUCCUCGCUCCUCUCUCCUAUCUUUGCCCUAUAACCUUCCAUCCCGUGCAUGCGUGUGUGAGCAGCAUUCUCACAUCAACUCCCCUUUUCCCCCGUCUCUUUCCCAUUCUCUUCCCUCCUCCUCUCUUCUCCUCGCCUCAGGUACUGCUAGACGAGAACCUGCUAGAAGCCAUGCCCACGUCGCCCAUCUUCGUAGGGAAGCGGUCCAAGCAGCUGCUGGAGCGCGCUGUGUGGAACGACACGGCAUUCCUCGCGAAACACGCCAUCAUGGACUAUUCUCUGCUCGUAGGGGUAGAAGAGGAGCGCUCAACACUGGUGGUGGGCAUAAUCGACUUCAUCCGCCCCUACACGUGGGACAAGCAGCUGGAAACAUGGGUCAAAGCGUCUGGACUGCUAGGGGGAGGCGGGGCGGGCAAGGACUCUACUCCUACGGUGAUCUCUCCUUCUAACUACAAGAAACGGUUCCGGAAGGCCAUGCAGACGUACUUUGUGAUGGUGCCCGAUCAGUGGGUGCCGCGGGUUCCGGAGAUUGCGACUACGGCUGCUGUGAGUGCCGGGGAUUGCCACCACAACUGCUGGUGUGGUCGUGCCUGCUGUGCUGCCGUCUAG